CCUUACCCACGCCAGCUAUUUUUGGACUAGGUUGCAAUUCAUCAGCUAUAAAUAAUGCAAUCAAAAUACUCAAGCAUCAACCACUUCCGAAUUGCCAUUUUUCCCAUUGACUGUCUUCAAAACCACUAGCUAGCACCAAUAUGGCCGAAGAGAAGCACCAUCAUCUGUUCCACCACAAGAACAAGGAGGAGGAUGAGGGUCCUGUCGAUUAUGAAAAGGAAGUCAAGCACCAUAGUCAUCUCGAGAAAGUUGGUGAACUUGGUGCUGCUGCUGCUGGUGCUUUUGCCAUGCAUGAGAAGCACAAGGAAAAGAAAGAUCCAGAGCAUGCACACAAACACAAGAUAGAAGAAGAGAUAGCAGCAGCUGCUGCAGUUGGGGCAGGUGAUUUUGCAUUCCAUGAACACCAUGAUAAGAAGGAUGCCAAGAAAGAGCAAAAGGAAGCUGAAGGAGGGAAACACCACCACCUUUUCUAAAUUUAACUGCUUUUGAAAUCCUAUUUCAUUAUAUUUCUUUGUGUUUUUAAUUCUCUGUAUUACUAUGUUGGUGCUGUAAUGUCUUAUACUUGAACUGCCUAAAAUAAACAAAAAUGGAGUAUGUACGUGUUUUAUAUCGAGUGUUCUAUGUAAUAUCGACUGAUUGGUAUUUCUAUAUAUGUUGAUCGCCUUUUGAUUUGGUGCAA